AUGUCAUCAACAAUUCAUGUUGAAUUUCUUUUAUGUAUUAUGGAUGAAGCAUGUGAAGAAUGGAAACAAAAAUUUCAAAAAUUUACUAUAGAAUUAUUACAAAAUAUAUUAUUAGUUUUUAAUGUUGGUGCUGAAUAUAUGACUGAAUUUUCCAAAUCUACGACUAAUGAUAAACAAACUAUUGAAGAUCAUGAAAAUGUUGAACGUAUUAUAUCAAAAUUAAAACAUAUAAAGACUUCUUUGGGAAAUUUAUGGCCAAAAACUAUUACUUGUUUUGUUAGAGAUGCAUUUGAUGUUAGUUCAUAUCAUAUUAAUGUAGUUGAAUAUUUUCAUCCUACUCCAUUUUAUCAAAAUAAUCCUUACUUAAUGAAAUUGUAUCAAUGGUCAGUUUAUGAUGUAAAUCGAAAACUUGUUUGCUGUUAUUUUUUAGAAACAACCCAACUCCCAAAUUGUCCAGAAUAUUAUGUUCUAGGAAAAACACGGUUAAAUACACAUUCUCAAAUUUAUCCAUAUGAAUCAACAAUACCUGAUUAUUAUCAAAUGAGAAUGGAUGUUAUUAAGGAUGUAAAUGAUCAAGGUCCUCAACCGGUUGUUACAUUAACAAGGAACCGUCAUAAUAUGGAGAUGAACUUUAAUUGA